AACGAGGGAUGGAAGUCCAGCGCCAGCACCGGGGCGUCGCCCUUCCUGUCCGCGGUGCCUCCGGGACAUGGCCGCGCCCUCCCGCCCAUCGAGAAUCGCAGGGUCUCCAUGGGCGGCGAUGUCCUCCUCCCCGACAACCUUGAGCACUGGAUGAGGAACCUCCCGCUGGAGCUGCAGAAGGUGCCGCUCAACCACCUCUUCAUCCCCGGCUCGCACGAUUCCUUCAGCUACAGCCUCACGCCGGAGGAAGAGCUGGGUCCGGACGCCCCUGGACUUGUCUCUGCCCUGAACAGCUGCUGCCCUUGCCUCGCCCGCCCUGCCAUACUCCGCUGGUCAGUGACGCAGAGAGCAACCACGACGCAGCAGCUCAAGCACGGCGUCAGGUACUUCGACAUUCGCGUCGCUGUGAGAAACGGCAGAUUCUACUUCGUCCACGGGCUCUUUGGCGACGACCUCGAGCCCUUGCUAUCGGAGAUCCGGCAUUUCCUGGUGAAGCACCCCGGAGAAGUGGUGUUCCUCGACUUCCAGCAUCUCCACGGGCUGGCCACCUCCGACCACACGUCUCUGGUCACUCUCUUGAGGAACACCUUCUCCGAGCUCAUCUGCCCCUUCUUUCACCAGCUGAACCAUCUGUCUCUGGCUUACCUGGCUCGUUUCAAGUACCAGGUCCUCGUCUUCUACCGGCACCAGGAGACGAUGCAAGCGAUACCAUGGCUCUGGUCUGGCUCGUCGCUGCCCAACCCGUGGCCCAACACCACCUCCAUCGCCGCCAUGUUCUCCUUCCUCGAGGCUCAGCUUCUGGAGAGGAACCCCGACGCCUUCUUCGUCACGCAAUGCGUUCUCACUCCGUCAGGGAGGUACCUGGCGCGCCACUUUUCCGGGCAGCUGGAGAGUAUGGCCGCCCCGUGCAACAGGGCCCUGCCAGAGUGGAUGGCGCAGCUGCCCAUCGGCCCCCGCGGCCCAAACAUCGUCAUGACCGACUUCGUGGAGCACGACGAGUGGGCGGUGCCUCGGGCCGUCGUCAGGAAGAACACCUUCAACGCCCUUCUGCCGCCGCGCCCCGCCAGGUUUUAA